CCGCCGAUCAACAUAAGACCAGACUCUCGCCGAAACCAGAGCUGCGUGAAUCCUUGGACAAAGUCGAUCGCCUAACUGCAUCCAAAUUCUUUGCGAAGGGUGAACUAACAACAGAUCUUGCUGGAAAGUUUCUAGAAGCGCCACACGCAACAACGCCGCCACUAGCCCACUCAACAACACAUGAUGUGACAUCGUCGGCAUCUCAGAAGCCGCACGACGACUACGACACGCCGCACGAAGCUCCGGAGCAUGUCACGAAAUCUUAUGGAGCUUUGACGCCGAGCGCUGCCGCCGCCAUGAUUGCUGCUGCUAAAUACCCGUCCCUGAUUACGUCUGUGCCUCGGAACACGAAUGCGAUGGGCAUGUUUGGCGCGAACUGGCAGGGUCGCACGUCUGGACGACGCGAGGACGUCAGAGACUCGAUGAACUCGUCCAAGAUGUUCCCGGUUGCGAAGGCUGACGUCGAUCCGGGUGGAGGCCAGCCCACUGAUGGAGCGGUCAACCAAGAUCACGAAGGCGCGCCGACGAUAAUCUCUGCUUCAGCUGUGGCACCAAUCAGUGAGACAGCCGGGCACCUCACAGGGACGACCGACCAGCAACAGACGGCCCUGAGGGAAAUGGCCAACCUACCAACCCUGUUGGACAGACUCCUCAACCCGCUUCGAAAGCGGGCCUACUUCGGAUCGAUCACGCUCAGGAUGCUGUCGCCAUGGUCGACAUCGUCCACGACGCCUUCGCCUUUUAAGAACAGGUCCUGGAGCUUCUCGGCUCUCGACAAGUGUCGCCAGGGUGCCGUCACCACCAUCCUUCUGGUGGUCAUGGUGUUGGCAGUAUACUCGCUGAUCUGGUACACCGGCGGAAGCGGCGGAGGUGGUACGUCCGGUGGCGGCCCGAUGCUCUGCCAGACCACCGACUGCGUUCGGCAUGCAGACCUGUUCGCCGACCGGCUGAACGCUAGCAUCGACCCUUGCGAGGAUUUCGCCGCGUUCGUCUGUUCCGCGUGGACUUACGGGACGCCGCACCGCCGUGAUGACGUGACGUCGAUGCGCCAGGAAAUCGUGCUACGCUUCACUGAGAACUUCGCGGGAACCAUCGCUACUGGCCUCACGUGAGGGAGCCGUGAGAAUGACUCUUGCACAUUGAAGGCUUUGUCACGUCUUCCCAGUGAGAUUGACGGAACAAUAGCGAUGCAUCUAUUUUAGUCAGCGCAGGGCGCUGUGAUCGAGACACUGGCCUUGUAGCAGCUACGUAUCCCUUGAGUAUUUGCGCUCUCACAGACAUGUCAUAUAUAAUUCAGAAAUCUCGUAAACAUGCACGGGUUUACUCUAGUUUUCUUUUUCUCUGGAUAGUCGGGGUGCUUGGACAUUCGCAGCAGAUUGUUGAUAACGCCGCUCUUUUCGUCGCGAGAGCACACCUAGCAUUGAUCAGUAUUGAGUAUUGAAAUGAAAGAGAAUUGGAAAACGACGCGCCGCAUUCUUCUGAACCUGCAGUUGGGAGCACGACAUGGACAGGG